CAUGAGGGCAGCGCUCGCCCCCGGGGUCCGCCUGCUCCGCGCCCUCCCCCGGGACAGCCGGUACCGGGGGCUGACACUGGGGCUGACCUUCCUCAGCUACACCAGCUACCACCUCUCCCGAAAACCCAUCAGCAUCGUAAAGAGCCAGCUGCACCCCAAUUGCUCAGCCUUGGGCCCGAACCCCAACAACUACUCCAACAGCAGCACAUGGUGCAGCUGGGCACCCUUUGAUGGGGACAACUACAAGGAACUUUUUGGGGCGCUGGACAAUGCCUUCCUGGUGGCCUAUGCCGUUGGGAUGUUUAUAAGUGGCAUUUUUGGGGAGCGUCUCCCCCUGCGCUACUACCUCUCUGGGGGGAUGGUGCUGAGUGGGCUCUUCACCGCGCUCUUCGGCCUCGGCUACUUCUGGAACAUCCAUGUCCUCUGGUACUUCAUCAUCGUGCAGGUCUGCAAUGGGCUGGUGCAGACGACCGGCUGGCCCGCCGUCGUGGCCUGCGUCGGGAACUGGUUCGGGAAAGGAAAGAGAGGUUUGAUCAUGGGCAUCUGGAACUCGCACACCUCCGUCGGCAACAUCUUAGGGUCGCUCAUCGCCGGUGUUUGGGUUUCUUCCACCUGGGGUCUGUCCUUCAUCGUGCCCGGCAUCAUCAUCGCCAUCAUGGGCAUCAUCUGCUUCUUCUUCCUUGUGGAGUAUCCCGAGGACGUGGGCUGCAGUCCGCCUCUGCAUCACAUGGCCUCUGAUGAAGAUGACGCUGGAGGGGUGACCUCCAGUGAGAAGGAUCCUGAAGCGGUCACCUCCAACGAGGGGCCGCUGAGCAUCUCAGGCCAGAGCAACACGGACUGCUCCAACAGCCUCAAGGAGCCAGUUGAGGAGCCUGAAGCCAUCAGCUUCCUUGGAGCACUCCAGAUACCCGGUGUCGUGGAGUUCUCCCUUUGCCUGCUCUUUGCCAAACUGGUGAGCUACACCUUCCUCUACUGGUUGCCCCUCUACAUUGUCAACGUGGCUCAUUUCAGCGCCAAGGAAGCCGGAGACUUGUCGACCCUGUUUGACGUCGGGGGUAUUUUAGGGGGCAUCUUUGCCGGCCUCAUCUCCGACUAUACCGGCGGCAGAGCCACCACGUGCUGUGUGAUGCUGGUCGUCGCCGCUCCCAUGCUAUUCCUGUAUAACCACAUUGGCCAGAACGGCAUUGGCACAUCAAUAGCGAUGCUGAUUGUCUGUGGUGCUCUGGUUAACGGGCCCUACGCUCUCAUCACGACAGCAGUUUCGGCAGAUUUGGGAACCCACGAGUCUCUCAAAGGAAAUGCCAAAGCCCUUUCUACCGUCACGGCCAUCAUUGACGGCACAGGAUCCAUAGGUGCCGCGCUGGGGCCGCUGCUCGCAGGACUCAUCGCCCCCACGGGCUGGAAUAACGUCUUCUACAUGUUGAUUGCAGCCGAUGUCUUGGCUUGCCUGCUCCUUGCUCGAGUGGUGGUCAAAGAGGUCCGUGGGUGGUGCGGCUGCAUAGCAAGGAAGAGAGGGUGAGAGACCAAUAGUCUGGGCCUCGCACAGUGGUAAGUGCGGCCCAAAUCUUCUCCAGCUGCCGGUGGAGGGCUGUCGGGCUCCGCUCUCUUGUGCCAGGACUGGUUGGGGCGAGGACUGUCCUGGCUGGGUUGCCACUGUCCCCAUUUGCCUCAAAAUCCGGCUGGUUUGUGCUGGGGGAGGCAGCAGCUCAGCUUGUGGAAAUACCGCAAUGCCUUAGAGGGCUUUGGGGAGCGCAUUGUCUCCUGGAGAAGCUUCUGGAGAGGAGUUUGCAAACACUGAGGGGGUUUUUCAGGGGAACGUUUCAGCUUUGGCUGGAGACAGAUCGGUGGUCGGGUCUUCUCCUUGCACCUGCUUCUCCUCUGGGCUUGCAGCGCAGAUGGGGCUGGGGUUCCCCGGCUGAGUUGUUUUCCCUUUCCAUCUCUCCAGCAGCACCAGGGCUCUCGGCGCUGAUCCCAACAUCCGCUCAGCAGCGUCCGCUGCACUC